AUGAUCGCUCGGGAGGAGGAGGAAGCGACAAUCGACUCGACGCCGUGGCCUAUCAACCGACUCAGCUACAUCGAGUUGAGCUUACAAGACACGACAGCUAUUGAGAAACUCUUCACAGGUCGAAGUGACACUCCGUUGCUGAUGAAGUGGGUGAUGCUCCACAAGUCUGGAUCCAAGUUCCGUCCGAGGCUUGUGGUGCUCUCGGCACUUCGUUUGUGGGUUUUGAAGCACAAGAAGACGUUCAGCAAGGCGCUCACACUACGUCGAAAGUAUCAGCUGAUGCACGUGAAGAAACUCACUGCGCUGCGACCAGACCCGGCCUCGUCGACGCCUGACAACUCGUCUACAGUCUCAAUUCGCCUCGCUGUUCUGCCGAGACAAACGAAAGGAAACAGUGAAGCCCCAGUGAUGCUGCACUUUGACCCCGGUACACACACAGAGAACUUUGUACGACUGCUUCAGCGAUUACUAUACGCACUUCGACUUACUUUCUUACAACAGAAGAUGCCUCCAGUGACGCUCCCACCUGAUUGCCAUUGGCGAGAGUUCUUCCCAGACGAGAGUGAUAUUUAUCUGCACGACCAAAACCAGAACGAAGAGAAGACAACCAACCCAAACCUAGUUUUUGCUGCCAUGGCGACGGCUUAUCAAGCUUUUUGCGAUGACCUGGGAGUGCGCUUUCGCGAUAGUGUACCCGUUCGGCUUGAGGAAUGUGCUACUACAACUGGGUGUAUGGAUUUUCAGUACUGUCUCGGUUUUCCGCCUGGAGUUGACGGCUACGAACACCAGGAUCACUUUGCAACUCCAUUACACGCUUUUACGCGCUUGAUUAUGGACGUAUGCUUCCCUUCUUCCUCGCGAUCAGUGACCAAUUUCCAGUCGAAAGAGAUACAAGCUCUUGCCAGGACACUAGAACGCUCGAGUCAGUUUACCGAUAUCAUCAUUAGUGACCUGGCAAUGGGACAAGCAAGCUUAACUGUGCUGUUCCAAGCGUUGUUAUCACCGCAGUGCACUAUUGAGGGCUUCACACUCACGAAUGUACAGCUCUCAGUGCGAGCGUUGCGUAUCCUCCAACAAGUUGUGCUUCAAUCCACGAUGCGACAAACCGGAAAUGCGACCAAGAUAAAGCUCCGACGUCUGGAUUUUUCCUUUAACCGGUUCACAGUUACCAUGGCUACCGAGCUAGCUACAAUUCUCCAACUAUUACCCUAUAGCCUUGAGCUUUUUCAGCUGGAACGAUGUGGCUUGUCCACAGUAUCUUGCUGUCGAGUACUUGAGGCGUUGACGACAAGCACGGCGUUUUCUGCUUCAUUAUUGGAGCUAAACAUCGCAGGAAACCGUCUCGGUCUUGAAGGCACGAAAGCUCUCGCUGCGUGGAUCACUGGGACUUUCGCUCUUCAACGACUCGACGUUUCUCGAACACAACUCGACAUCAAUAUCUUCAUCCAAGCUCUUAAACAGAACACUUUGCUUCACGAGUCAUCGCUGGUACAGCUUGAUCUGUCGUACAACCAGAUGCGCACACAAGCCAGUGAGGAUCUCGGUGUCAUUUUGGGCAAAUCUCAGAGUCUGGCAACGAUUUUCCUGCGGGGCAUGAAACGCUUUCGACAUUUCCACAAAUUGUUACCUCCUCAGUUACAGAAAGAAGGCACACUUUUGGCUCUCUCUGAAGCUGCUGUGGUGGCCCACACUGCAGCCGCACGAAGGAAUGGAGGGACAGUGCAUCGAGCCGAUGGUCUUCGCAAACUCUUCCUGCGUAACAUCUUGGCGCCAAUGUUCGCGAAUACUGAUAGGAGCUGGUCGUGUAUGGUGGAUCUGAGCGACAACGACUUGAGUGGCCAUCGAGCUGAAGUUCUAGCUCAACUUCUGGAUGAAUCACCGUGGGCUACACGAACUUCGCUACGACUUGAUCACACACGUCUUCACGAUAAAACGGCGUUGUUACUGCUCCAUUCGAUACGAGGAUGUAAGACUUUGGACUCGUUAAGUCUGGAAGGAAACGGGUUUGUUAAGCGUGACGCCCACCGGAAACGUAAACGACAGAACGAAAAGUGUUACAGUGACGGUGUGGCACCCUCGGAACCAAGUGUAAUCGAACAAGCAGGUUCAAAUGCGUUGGCUUUGCUGCUUGGAGGUGCCUUGGACUGCAACGACAGUCAGGUACAGAGUUGGUUGGGAGCGAACGAUGCUGGAGUUGCAUCUGCAUCAUUCUUUGCGUAUUCCUCGGCUGCGAAGCCUCUGCGUUUGAAGGAGCUGUGUCUGAAGUGUGACGGCUCUUAUGUCUUCGGCACUCACAUUAUCACGGCAGCAGUCCAGGCACUGGCAAAGCCACAUGCAUACUUGCAGAUGCUAGAUGUUACUGGUAACGAGUGUGGAGACGCAUUGGCUCAAGUUCUCGGCGAUGUAUUGCCUAAGAAUAAGAGUCUGCAGGCUUUGUUUUGGGACGGGAACUGCAUCACUGUCGAUGGAUUCUUCCAAUUCUACGACGGACUCUUGAAAAACAAUACAUUGGCCAUGGUACAAAUGCCGAUUCAAGAUACUCGACGGAUUUUGGAAGAGCAGAAAGACCCACCGCGUGAGAAGCUCUUCAGCAUUCUGGGCAAAAUCUUCAAAGCCACGGAGCGAAAUCAGAUUUUGGCUCGAGAGAACAAGGAGCGGAAAGCUGAAGCACGCAGUUCCCGAGAAAGCCUCAAUUCGGUAGGACUGGCGCUGGAGAAAUGUCCUUCUCCCAAGCUGGCAAGUUUCGAGGAAGGACGAGAAGACGGCGAUCGACAGAAUACCGCUCGCAAGAGCUAUUCCAGACCGACAAGUGCUCGAUACCCGUCAACGAUGCAGUCGUGGAGCAUGCAGCAAAGCAGCACAGAUGACCUCCGUACACAGCUUAAAAAAUUGGACUCACUGACCGCUUCAUUCUCAGUGACGUCGUCACAUACUACUAGGUAG